UUCCGGUUUGUCGGCCUGCCGCACACACCUGGAUUGCGAUUAGCUGUUAGCCGUUAGCCCGUCGUCGUAAGUCCAGUCCAGUGUUUACAUUGGCCUUUUACUCCGACGAACGUAACAUGUUGUUUUUAAGCAGUUAGCUGCAAGUUAGCGAGUUAGCGAGUGAGUUAGCAAUGAAUGCAUUGUUUAUUUUGAUGGUGUAGGUGCUGUUUUGAAGCAGGUCCAAAUCAUUUUUUCGGCUUCCGUCGUUGGACCGGAUGGCUUAAAAGAAAAAAGACGUUUUUGUAUUUUUAAUUUUGAAGACAAUUUUGAGACUGCUUGAACCAAGCGAACAGUGUUUGGUCAAGUUGGAAUUUGGAGUUGGGCGCCGUCAGUGUAGUACCGCGUUGUGCCACAACAUGGCGGGCAUCACCGAGCUCGACUGGAAGACGUGCAGCGUAAUCAAGAGCAAGAAGAAGAAGCAGCAGAGCAGCUUCCACUCUUCCAGGAAUGAUCUUGGAGAAGAAGGUUCCUUCCACUUUUUCUGGACAUCUAGUGGACCUGAGGAUCUCCAAUGCUACUCUUGGGACAGCUACAGCAAGGAAGAGUUUGCCACUCCAGUCUUUUGGGAAGAAGUUUUCGCGUCCUGCCUUGGGACAAGUACCGGCAGGACGCCGGCGACCUCGGCGGACCGAUACAAAGUAACGGCACGGCCGGGAAGAUGAACGGCGCGCUGGAGCAUUCGGACCAGCCCGACCCGGACGCCAUCAAGAUGUUCGUGGGCCAGAUCCCGCGCUCCUGGUCGGAGAAGGAGCUGAAGGAGCUGUUCGAGCCCUACGGCGCCGUCUACCAGAUCAACAUCCUGCGGGACCGCAGCCAGAACCCGCCGCAGAGCAAAGGCUGCUGUUUUGUGACGUUUUACACACGGAAAGCCGCCCUGGAAGCCCAGAAUGCACUGCACAACAUCAAGACCUUAACAGGGAUGCACCACCCCAUCCAGAUGAAGCCCGCAGACAGCGAGAAGUCCAACGCGGUGGAAGACAGGAAGUUGUUCAUCGGCAUGGUGUCCAAGAAGUGCAACGAGAACGACAUCCGGGUCAUGUUCUCGGCGUUCGGCCAGAUCGAGGAGUGUCGGAUCCUGCGGGGCCCCGACGGGCUGAGCAGAGGAUGUGCCUUUGUCACGUUUUCCACCCGAGCUAUGGCACAGAAUGCGAUCAAAGCCAUGCACCAGUCUCAGACUAUGGAGGGCUGCUCGUCCCCCAUCGUGGUGAAGUUUGCCGACACGCAGAAGGACAAAGAGCAGCGGCGUCUGCAGCAGCAGCUGGCCCAGCAAAUGCAGCAGCUCAACAGCGCCACCACCUGGGGGAGCCUGACGGGCCUGGGCGGACUCACCCCGCAGUACUUGGCGUUGCUGCAACAGGCCACCUCCUCCGGCAACCUGGGCGCCUUCGGCGGGAUCCAGCAGAUGGCGGGUAUGAGCGCGCUGCAGUUGCAGAACUUGGCCGCUCUGGCGGCGGCGGCGGCGGCGGCCCAAAACUCCGCCAGCCCGUCCACCGCCAACGCCCUGUCGUCCGGCGCCGCCUCCCUGGGAGCGCUGGCCAGCCCAGCAGCGGGCGCCCCCGCCAACGCGGGCGCCGUGAGCUCGCUGACGUCGCUGGGCACCCUGCAGGGCCUGGCGGGCGCCACCGUGGGCCUCAACAACAUUAAUGCACUAGCAGGUAGCGUCCACAUUGCUCAAAUGCUCUCAGGUAUGGCGGCGCUCAACAGCGGCCUGGGCGGCGCCGGGCUGGCCAACGGCGCGGCGGCGGCGGCCGCGGCGGCGGCGGCGGCGGCGGGCACCGUGGACGCGCUGACGCAGGCCUACUCAGGGAUCCAGCAGUACGCCGCCGCCGCGCUGCCCACGCUCUACGGCCAGUCGCUGCUCCAGCAGCAGGGCGCCGCCGGAAGCCAGAAAGAAGGUCCCGAGGGCGCCAACCUGUUCAUCUACCACCUGCCGCAGGAGUUCGGCGACCAGGACAUCCUGCAGAUGUUUAUGCCUUUCGGGAACGUGGUCUCGGCCAAAGUCUUCAUCGACAAGCAGACCAACCUCAGCAAGUGUUUCGGCUUCGUGAGCUACGACAAUCCGGUGUCGGCGCAGGCGGCCAUCCAGGCCAUGAACGGCUUCCAGAUCGGCAUGAAGCGUCUGAAGGUGCAGCUCAAGCGCUCCAAGAACGACAGCAAACCCUACUGAUGCUAGCCUACACAUGCUAACGACAGCCCCCGUUAGCACUGCUAGGAACUUCAUCUGUCGCCAUGCCUCGCUAGCGUGUCUCGCUGGCACCACCCCCCCCCCCCCCCCCCCCCAAAAAACACAAAUACGUAAAAAUUCACCACGCCCACUGUCCAAAAAACAAAAAAGAGUCUGAAGGUUUUAUCUGAGCCGAGCCCCCCUAUGCUGACGCCUACGGAACUUUUUCUUGGGAUAUCCACCUUUUGAUUGUUUUCUUUGUAGUUUUUCUGCAUGUGACCUCAACUGGAGGUUUGGAUGAGGUCGGAACCACAAAUCACCGUGAAAACGACGGACACAAAAGCUGCAUCCAUUCAUACAACAGAUAUUUUCUUUCUUUUUGGUGCCUUUUGAAGCGUUUGUGUUUGUCUUUUUUUCUGUCGUCCGCCGCUUCUUCUUUUGCGUGACGUUUGAGAAAACAUCUUGGCGAGUGAAGGGUGGCGCCCCCGUGUGGCCCGGCUUAAGACUACUUCCUUCCUUCCUUCCUUUGCUUCCUUCCUUCUGCACACUUUGGACUCGGAAGCUGUUGCGCAUCGAGACCUUUUUACAUUUUUCAGGCCGUGUAAAGUUUUUUGAUAAGGAGUUUCUCAUGAAAGUCUAUAUAUAGAACCACUUUUUUCUAGAGUAGUUUCGAGGGGAACGACGACGACGACAACAACAACAAGGGAACGUCAAAAGACAUUUGGGGUGCGGGGAGAAAUGCUACCUACUUGUGUGACCUUGUGCUGAACUGACUCCCCGCCAGACAGACAAUCCGUGGUUUCAAUGCACAUGAUGAGAUGACCUAUAUUUUCUACUCUUUCCGUGUAUAGACGUACAACAACAACAAAAGAAACAAAUGAAAUAUGUCAGCGCUCCUCGUGAGUUUAGUCCAUCAUCACAAGUCCAAGACGCGCUUAAUUGUCUCAUGUUUUCUUUUUUGGGGGGUUUGUUUUGAAAGAAAAAAAGGAGUUUACUUGAAUAGAUGAAGCCUUUCUUCGACAUUUGUGUUGUUGUUUGGUUUUUUUUCCGGAGGAUUUGCUGAACUUGUCGUCGUUUAAUUAGCUCUAUAAAAAUGAGUCAAAGCUAUAUAAAUCGAAAGAAAUCUAUAAAUCUAUAUAUCUAUCAUGUCAGCUUGUGGAGCAUCAAUGUCACGAUUUGAUUUGUCUACGUGGUUGGGAAAGAAAGUCCAAAUAUUUAGACGUGCGUUUUGUGUUUUUUGUCCUAUAACCGAGAUUUUAAAAAAAGAAAAGUGAAGUUUCGUGCCAAAUCGGGAAGGAGCCGCUUCCUGCCGCCGCCGUCGUCGUCGUUGUUGUCGUCUUCUCUUGAUGAUUUGAUAACGUGUACUUUCUUCUCAGUGUUUUCAUAUUUAAAAAGAAGCUUUGGAUUUCAAAAGAAAAAAGACAAAAGACUUUGUUAACUUGUGGUCUUGUUGCCUGAGAAAAACGUCAUGUUUGCUUUUUAGUUGGAUGGGUUUGUUUUGUUUUUUUAUCUGUGUAAAAAUGUACAAAAAAAGAAGUGCCCAUGUGUCAUAUAUAUAUAAAUAUAAAUCUAUAUAUAUCUAUAGACAUGUGCGCACGCACGCACACACUUGUGCAAGACCUCACUUUGUUGUUGUUGUUGUUGUUAUGAUUGAUAUUAUUAUUAUUAUUAUUAUUGUUGUUGUUGUUGUUGUUGUUGUGCGUGAGAGCCCCUCGAGUGUGAACGCCUCCACCGGGACCACACGCACACACUCUGACUAACGCAAACACACAAUCGCAAGCCUUAACACACACGAACGUACGUACACACGCACAUGUACUGUAUGUAGACACACGUGCGCACACAGGUGCGGGUCGGAGCUCAGGUGCGUUCGUUUCGAUGCAAAGCACAGCGCAGGCGGGCGGUGUCGCACGCCCUCCUCGUGCCCGGCAGGCGGCGUCGGUCGACAACCUCCCCCCCCCCCCCCGACCUCUGACCCCAAAACCUCCCUUCGCGCCUAUUUGGGGGAGUCUGGAAAAACUAAAAAAACAAAGGCAGCACUCUUUUCUACACAACAAACUCACCACUCGCCUUAAGCAGGGACGAUCACGACUUCACGGCCAGCUCCGACGACGACAAAAAAAAAAGCUUUUUGUUUUUGUGUCCGACUUGGUUGAAGCAACCCUUUCGCACGUACGGAAUCCGCUUUUGUUCUCCGGUUCUCGGUCAAACUUGUGCAUCAGUCAGGUAUUGAAAAGCAGGAGCUGUGUGAUGCGCAACUUUGGCAUCCAAACGCGUUUUCAAGUUUUGUUCACUCAAGUGUCUGAUUCCCAACUUGGACUCGUGUUUGUAGAAUCAAACAAGUUUUGAAUUGUUUUCUGGAGUGAUCGAUGCACAGCGUCAUUUGGAAACUUUGUAUUUGACUAUUUUUUUGGAAGCAGGCGUGCGAUUGGCUGACAAACAGGAAGUAAAGCGAGGCGUUCACUUGACUGCGUCCAAGCACAAACGUGGUCCGUGUGUGGGCGGCGGCUCCAUUUGCCGGGGGGCUCUCAUGCUGCUCGUAAUUUUGGAUCUCGUCAGUUUUCUCUGUUGGCCUUCCUGAAUUCACGACGUCAUUCAUGAAGUGCUUUUUGUGGGAAGAAAACAAAAUCUGAGCUUGUGAUUUCUUUGCAUUUUGACUUGUGUUGAGUGUUUUAGAACAAAAAAAAAAUUUUUGUGUGUUUUUUGCCAAGUGACACUUGUUCACAUGUUCUUCUUUUUUUCAGUUCUCUCCAAAACUAAGAGUAAAAAAAAAAAAAAAAAAAAAUUUUUUUAAUGGUUUUCUUCUUGGGUGUUUUUUUUUUGUUUGUUUUUUUAAGAGAAGUUUGCGUGAUGUUUGUUUGUUUGACGGAGCCGGUGGGGAAAAAACAACAACAUGACGACGACCAUGAUGAUGAUGAUGAUGAUGAUGCAGGCUUUCUAUUUCUACAACUGAUUGUACUUAUGCAUCAUUUUGUACCAGUGAUACUUUUUAUACUGGACAUUAAAGGAUACAACCCAAAAAAAGAGAGAAAAACAAGCGCUGUCUGUGUGGCCCGAUCUGGUCAACAUUUGAUUUUUGAGUUAGUUUUGCUUUUUUUUCUUUUUUUUUUUUCUCUCGCUCUCUCUCUCUUCUCUCCUCUCUAAGGGUCGUGACCUUUCAUGGUGUGGUCAUGGCCGCCAUAUUAAGAGCUCGUUGGGUCUCCAAACUAUUUAUUGACCUUGAGUGGAUCCUUAUUGUUGUGUGUGUGUGUGUGUAUUAGUUUUCUGAAGACUCCGACUAAUGAGAGUCCGUUUUCUUUUUCUCUGUCUGCUUUUUCUUCUUCUUCUCUGUGAACUGAGUGUGCCACCAUUCCUUUUUGGAAAGGUUUGUUCUGGUGUGAUGCCGUUUUUUGCUUCUGUCUCCUAUAUUAAACCAUUUUUGCAACUC